UGUCUGUUCAGACUGCCUUACAGUUGAUAUUGGAAGAGACAGAGGGUUUUGAUGGUGAUGCAGAGGAAAACGUUUCAGAAUGCGAGGAUCACAUUUCUGAAAAUUCAGAGUCUGACAAUGAGUUUGAAGAGGAUGAUGAGCAUCAACCAGCUCUGAAGUGUAAAAUAGCCUCAGGACCAGCCCGUGAACAGCCAGGCAAAGGACCAGCCCAUCAGCCAGCUUCAAAACGCAAGCGAACCUCAGGACCAGCCCGUCAGCAGCCAGCCCUAAGACCAGCAGGUGAGCAGCAAGCCACAGGUCCAGCCAAUGAGCAGCCAGCUAUAGGGCAAGACUGUCAGCAGCUUGCAAAUAAUGUAUGGAUGUCAAAAGAUGGCAAAAUUGAAUGGUCUUCCUGCUCAAGAAAUGAACCCCCCCGCAUGGCUGCCAAUGUGAUUCGGAUGAUACCAGGACCUACACGCUUGGCAGUCACUCAUGCACAAGACAUCAAGUCUUCUUUUGACCUUUUCAUGCCAUACCCUAUCAAGAAAAUCAUCCUGGAUUGCACCAAUUUAGAAGGAAGCAGAGUUUUUGGAGAGACUUGGAAGGUUUUGGACGAAACCGAUUUGAAUGCUUACUUUGGGGUUCUUAUCCUUGCUGGUGUUUUCAAGUCCAAAGGGGAGGCCACAGAAUCUCUGUGGAAUGAAGAAACUGGCAGAGAACUUUUCCGGUCAACAAUGUUUCUGAAAACUUUUUAAAUAAUUUCCAGGACCAUUCGUUUUGAUGACCGUGAUGAUAGACCAGCUCGACGGCAGAGAGACAAACUGGCUGCCAUCAGGACGGUGUGGGACAAGUGGGUGGCCGGUCUCCCCCUGUUUUACAACCCUGGUCCCAAUGUUACCGUUGAUGAGCAGCUGAUGCCAUUUCGGGGCCGCUGCCCAUUUCGGCAGUAUAUACCAUCUAAGCCUGCCAAGUAUGGUAUAAAGAUUUGGGCUGCCUGUGAUGCUGCAUCAUCUUAUGCCUGGAACUUGCAGGUCUACACAGGGAAACGUAAUGGAGGAGCCCCUGAGAAAAAUCAAGGCAUGAGAGUGGUCCUCGAUAUGGCUCAGGGACUUUCUGGACACAACAUCACGUGUGACAAUUUUUUCACAUCGCACAAGCUGGGACAGGAGCUGCUAAAGCGGAAGCUGACUAUGGUGGGAACAGUACGCAAAAACAAGUCUGAGCUCCCUCCCCAGUUGCUGAAAACAGAGGACAGGCCUGUCCAGUCAUCAAAGUUUGCAUACACGGCUGACACGACCCUGGUAUCGUAUGUACCAAAGAAAGGGAAAAAUGUGCUGCUCAUGAGUACACUGCACAGGGACGGGAGAAUCUGUGGCCAGGAGCAUCAAAAGCCCGAAAUAAUCAUGGACUAUAAUGCCACAAAAGGAGGGGUGGACAACCUUGAUAAACUGGUGACUACUUACAGCUGCAAAAGGAAGACCCUACGAUGGCCUCUGGUGAUAUUUUUUGACAUGCUGGAUAUCUCCGCGUAUAACGCCUUCGUCAUUUGGAUGUCACUGAGCCCAGAGUGGAAUAGGGGAAAGCUGCAGAAGAGGCGUCUCUUUCUUGAGGAAUUGGGGAAAACACUGGUGAGACCUCAAAUUGGAAGAAGGCGACAUCUUCCAAGAACCCCAGUCUCUGCAGCGAUUGUGAGGAGGAUUCAGGAGGAAGAUGAUGGUGCCACAUCCUGCCAAAUUACAGAACCAUCACCUGCAGACCCUGGGAUUGUGGCCGGCAACAAAAAGAAGCGCUGUGAAGUGUGUGGACCAAAGAUGGACAGAAAAACACAAUAUACAUGCACCAAGUGCAAGAAGUACAUUUGCAAUACACACACAGUGAAACUCUGCCCCUCAUGUGUGAUAUAGUUUGGCAUGAAAAUAGCCAUGUUCAAUGGGACUACUGUGUUGUUCAGACAGAGUAGGUUAAAUUUCUAACGAAAUUUAAAUAAAUAAUACACUAUAGUUUUGGAAAAA